GACCCGGCAGCUCCUCCUUCAUCCCGAGAUUGCAGCUGGCUUCAGAGAGAGUCCAUAUCAGAUGCUGCGGACAUUUACUCUCAUAAAAUAUUGAAUCAAUAUCAACUACCUGAGGUGACUAGCUAGGCCAACGAAAAUGACGACCCGAUUCCUUCGUAGAUCCAUCCGACUACUAGUGGUCAACCCGAACUCGUCACAGGAGAUGACGCGAGGGAUGGAGGAAGCUCUCAAAGGGACUAAAACAUCGGAUGAAACCGAGAUCUACACCUACACUGCGCCGGCAGAGUCUCCCGCAAGCAUCAACUCCGGAGAAGAUGUCGCGUCGAGCUACGACGUUGUCUACAAGAACCUCACGAGCACCGGCGAACUCCAGAAGUACGACGGCGUGCUUGUGGCAUGCUUCAGUGCUCAUCCACUGGUCCAUAAACUGGCCCACGAGCAGGGAAGUCGGGGACUCUUGGCCGUCACCGGCAUAUUUGAAGCGAGUAUCCUUGCCUCUCUAUCACUGCUAACCACACCGCUCUCGAGCUCGGCCACCCCGCGAACCUGGGGUAUCGUGACGACCGGGAAGUUCUGGGAGAGUCACUUGGCUGCGGGAGUCAGCGACCUCCUGGGACAGGACCCCAAUUCUCGCAAUGUCAAAUUUGCGGGAGUCGAGUCCACCGGUCUGGAUGCGGGCGAUUUUCACGGCGAGAUGCAUCCGGCCAUAAUACGGCAGAAGCUCAAGGAGGCGACGAAGCGACUACUCAGCACGGGCGCCGUGGACUGCGUCGUCAUGGGCUGUGCCGGAAUGGCAGGUCUAGAGGAGACUAUCAGGGAUGCAGCGAUCGAGAGGCAUGGCAAGGAAGCUGGGAACCGUCUGUACAUCAUCGAUGGAGUGAAGGCAGGAAUAGGCCUACUAGAGCAGAUGGUCAGGAACAAGAGAAUGUUCCAGAAGCAGUAAUCCCGUCGAAUAGUAAACUGCGCCAAGGUAAAAGCACGCUGCACAAACCGGUCUAGAUCACAACG